CUUUGUUGACAUUUCACAAACUUCAACUAAUCUUUUACCCGCUAAAAAUCUCUCUCUCUUUGUUGCUCAGAAAGAAACCAUGGCGCUCAAUCUUCUUGUUUCUCUAUUCUCCAUUCUCAUCUCCACCAUUUUCCCACAACCAAGAGCUCUCCAAUACUCACAACACGACCGCUUCGCUUUCGGGCCAAACCUCAUCCACUCCAUUAUCAGCCCCACAAGUUCACCCACUUCUUCCACUUCAAUCUCUCCUCCACAACCCUCUUCUCUUGUCCCUGCACUCUUCAUCAUUGGCGACUCCUCCGUUGACUGUGGCACCAACAACUUCCUCGCCACGCUGGCACGUGCCGACCACCUUCCUUAUGGUCGAGACUUUGACACGCACCGCCCAACUGGGCGGUUCUGUAAUGGAAGAAUACCGGUUGAUUAUCUUGCUUUGCGGCUUGGGCUUCCCUUUGUACCAAGUUAUCUUGGGCAGAAUGGAAAUGUUGAAGAUAUGAUCCAUGGAGUGAAUUAUGCCUCUGCUGGUGCUGGGAUUAUUUUCACAAGUGGUUCAGAAUUGGGCCAACACAUCUCGCUGUUAGAGCAAAUUCAACAGUUUACAGAUACCUAUCAGCAGUUUAUAUUAAGUAUGGGUGAGCAUCGUGCAGCUGAUCUCAUCUCAAAUUCAGUGUUCUACCUUUCAAUUGGAAUCAAUGACUAUAUACAUUACUAUCUGCGUAAUGUAUCUAAUGUACAAAAUCUCUACUUACCGUGGAGUUUCAACCAGUUCUUAGCUUCUACAAUAUGGCAGCAAAUCAAGAACCUGUAUGACCUUAAUGUCAGGAAACUGGUGGUCAUGGGGUUGGCACCUAUUGGUUGUGCACCUCACUACUUGUGGCAAUACAGAAGUGAGAAUGGAGAGUGCAUUGAGUCGAUAAAUGACAUGGUUAGGGAAUUCAACUUUCUCAUGAGAUACAUGAUUGAGGAGCUUGGUGAGGAACUUCCCGAUUCCAACAUCAUCUUCUGUGAUCUGUUUGAAGGCUCCAUGGAUAUAAUAAAGAACCAUGAAAAUUAUGGUUUUAAUGACACUACUGCUGCUUGCUGUGGGUUGGGUGAGUACAGGGGUUGGAUCUUGUGCCUAUCAUCACAAAUGGCUUGCAGUAAUGCAUCCACCUAUAUCUGGUGGGAUCAGUUCCACCCAACUGAUGCAGUAAAUGCCAUACUAGCAGAUAAUGUGUGGAAUGGCCUGCACACAAAAAUGUGCUAUCCCAUGAACUUGAAGGAAAUGGUACUUCUCAAGGAAAACUGA